AUGGGGGUUGAUGAUUUUUUUAGCCCUCAUAGAGGUAGCACAGCCAACUCCUUCUCUCCUUCUAUCCUUUUCUCCUUCUCAACCAAUCAUAGUCUAGUUGAGUGCCCAUGUGGCUCAAUUCCUACAAAUGCAGACUUCAACCAUGAACCCGAUUAUGAAUCAGGAUCCUAUUUUGAUGACCAUGAACCCAAUCCUAAAUCAGGAUCCUAUUUUGACGACCCUGACCUCGACUACGACGACGAUGACCCCGAUUCCGAUGACAACCCUGACCCUGAAUCUAUCUCUAAUUCAGAUCCAAAUCCCGACUUUGACCCCGACUCUAACUUUGAUCCCCACUUAGGCUCAUAUCCCGAUCCGAAUUCCUACUAA